UCAUGGCCAUAGCCUGCAAAAUGGCAGAAGAUGCUUUUCACAUGAUGGACGUUAUCAUGGGCCCUCCCCCAAGGAGUUUGCUUUCUGCAAACCACGGUGCUGAUGCUUAUCUGGCAUCAGUGCUGGAAGAUGAAGAUGACGAUAGAACCAGCAGGCACAAUCUGUUGUGGUUGUGGCCUCCAAUUGUCGACCUGCUGGACUUGCUCCCUCGUGCCUCGCCUAGAUGGUGGGUCAUGCGUCGGAGUGGAGGUCUAUGGGAGGAUCUCCUUCCUGUUGACGAUGUGCAGAGCGACCAUUACAUAAGCCUUCUCCAAAUGCGACGGUCGACAUUCGAUCAGCUUCUGCGGAGGGUUGGUACGUUGCUUGCGUAACAAGUAACAAGAUUUCGCCCGCCUCUCCCGCCGGCCAAGAAGAUGGCGUAUGCUAUCCACAGGUGGGCUCACGGCGACGCACAUUGGCACAGUUGUUCUGCUUAUGGACUCGGCAAAACCAGUGGCGUGAGUGCUAUGCGAGAGGUUGCGGAGGCCAUCAUCGUAGCUUACUCGAAUGUUAUUGGGUUCGCAUGGAUGUGUUCGAUCAGGAGGGUUUUCCCAUUUGCUGGGGGUGCAUAGAAUGCACUCAUGUGUUUAUGGACAAGCCCCGCGCAGGCGACGACGAUGAUUAUUGUUCCGGCCGAAACACGCGGCUCUCUGUCGUGGCACAGCUGGUUGUGGACUAUGACCUCAAAAUCCUGGACUUCUGUUACGGCGUCUCGAGGACCGUUGGCGAUGCUCGUGUGCUGAAGUACACGUCAUUGUACCGCAGAGCGUUGAAGGGCACACUGUUCUUGGAUGAAGAGGCGACCCUUUCCGUGCCGCGAGGCCAAUCAUCCCCAGUGUGCUCGGUGGGUACUUGCUCGGGGACGGAGGUUACCCCAGUCUCCCGUGGCUCGUGACACCAUAUGGGCAGCAAGCCAAUGUCAUGCGAAACAUGCAGGUCUUCGAUUCCCUGCACAAGAUUGUCCAAUCUUGUGUAGAGCAUUUUUUUGGGGUUUUUAAAAUGUGUUUCCAAUUUUUAUAUCGUCCACACGUGGCGGACAUAAAAAGAGAAGGCUUGGAGUUCCAUGCCUGUUGUAUUCUGCACAAUCUGCUGCAGGCGUGGGGAGAUGUUCCCGAAUAACACAGCGACGACUCUGAUGGUCGUUCUCCGCUUGUGCCACCUCCCGGAGUCGAUAGGCGAGCUGACGGAUGCCCCCUUGAGUGCAUGUUCGGUCGUGAACGCGGGCAGGGCAUGAGAGACGCCUUGUGCAGAGGUGGUGCGCUUGUAUGAUCUUCGCAGGCAGUGGACAGACUCCGACGCCUUCAUCCACUUGUCUGAUCUACGUUAGUCAUCCGAGAGUCUGAGGGACAGUUGUUGUGUUUUUCCAGAACUAAAGUGACGGGCCACCAGUCAUGGCAAACGAUGAUGGUGAGAGAGGCUACGUGUGGGAGAGGUAUGCACUGCGUGAAGAGUUGGAGAAGACGGAGCGAGAGGUGAGUUUCCUCCAUAGCUUUUGGGUGGCGAGAGGAGACAGUGUCACUAUGCGUAUUUGGCACAGGAGAGAGGUAUGCGAGACGCAGGUGAUGCAAGAGAACAGAAAUGCGAGGAGGUGGGCAAAUUCGGUUGUCGAAAGACUUCGAGAUGCACGGGCGAGGCUUAUGCAAUGUUGCGAUCAGCUUGUUGUGCAAGCUAUGCGGAUGAGACGCGAGCUAGAGCGAUGGCGGACGAUGUGGGAGGACAGCCGCAUGCAACAUGAUGCAGCUCAACAAGCCUUGAGGGAUGCGAUUCAGGAGAGAGAUGAAGCAAGCCGUGAGAGAGAUGAUGCAAGAAAGAGCUUGGAGGCCGACGAGAUCGAUCUACAGGUAGUGCGGGAGCAAGCGGACACGGCGUGGCUGUUCUUCGAAGAUGUUGUGAACGUAGGGUCACCGCCAGCUUCCGAGGAACACAGUUUGUCGUUUGCUUUCGAUGAUCUGUCAUUGACAGAUAAGGGCAAGGCGCCUCUAUAUCCACAACACACAGGUGGCACAGCUGGUCCAGCCACGACGGGAAAAGAUGGUGUGGUGUGUCCAACCUGUCAGGAGGUUUCUGCCCAUAUGUCGCAGAUGGAAAGCGAGAUGGUGCGCUUGAGAAUGGCGAAUGAACUUCUCCAACUCCCUGCCUCCUUCUGGGAGGAGGCAGACAAGGAGUUGCAGAACUUCGUGGUACCUCUGACGUUUCUGCCUCCGCCUGCACGCCGUUCGUCUUCUUAGUUGUCGGGGCAAAGCCUCCUGAUAGAAGGGUUUGGUGUGCCUCUUUAAACAGGGUCCAAGCGCGCGCGCGCGCGCGAGAGAGAGAGAGAGAGAGAGAGAGAGAGAGAGAGAGAGAUGGUGGACACGCAAGGCCUUGCUUUUGUGUUGAAUGACAAUCCCUUUUUAUUAUUCGUGUAUGAAAAACAGACGUUAUAUUUUUUGUUUUGCACUCUAUGCAUUCGUGGGUGUGACUGUGUCGUCCUCCGGAAUAUUCGAAAACCUGUAUGUGCCAACUUACG